AUGGGUAGCGUUUACCUCACUCAGCCAAUGCCAGAUGAUCAGAUGAGCCUCAUUGCCGUCACGCUCUAUGACUUCCAGGACAGAAAGUUCCUCCCCCGCAAAUGCCAGGGGGAGGACGAGAUCGUACAGGGGGUUAAAGAUGUGGAGAGCUACCUCCUUAAGUUUAAGACCAAGUUGGCGGCCUCUCUGGCCCGCUACUGAGUCAAACACAACCUCCCGUCCAUCGACUGUAUCCUGCCGCAGAGUGUGAAGGUGAAGCAGGAGAGAUCCAGCAGCCUUCCACUUUACACCUGGGUCAACACACUGAAGAGCAGCGUCCAUGAGGUCUAAGCCGUCCUGAAGAGUUGAAGAGAGGUGACAACGAUUGAGCAGCUGGAGGGACGGACGUUCUGCCAGGAUCCCCACUGUGGGGAUGUACUGGUAUUCCCUGCAGCACUACCGAGCUGUACCCGCGUGCAACUGCUGCUCCAGACUCCUCCUCCGCUCUCAUCUUUUCCUAUCUGAAUUUCUCCUACCUUAGUUCCUUUUUCACAUGUUUGUAUCCUCAUCAAAAUAAUGCUGGGCUGCUUCUCCGGCCUCACCGUGUCCCACACAGUCAAAGCCGCCAGCAAGGUUCAGCCGACAGUCUACGUUUGUGUCGGUGAUCGUACAAACGCUCAGAGGGAGGAGUUGCGGCAGGUUGUAACGGCCAUGGGCUCCAAGAACGUGAAGCUGAUAGAGGAGGUCUUCCAGUCUUUGAACAGCACUGACAAGCGACUCCAAAAGUUACGCGUCAUCCUGCUGAUGCCCAAGUGCUCCGUGUCGGCAGUCGGCAAUCCGGUCGAGUUUUUAGUGCAAGAGAACGGAGACCCAGAACUGCUGCAGGGCUUAUCCCAGAGCUCCACAGCCCAGAGUCAACUGGAAGCUCUGGUCGCCCGGCGGAGGGAGGAUAUUGAACAUUCCUUGAAGUUCUCUAAGGUUGUGGCGAUGGUGUACUCCACCUGUUCCUCAUACAAAGAGGAGAAGGAGGAGGUGGUGAGAAGCGCCCUGGAGCAAGCCAAUGCCCGCUUGAAGCGGCAGGGGAAACCAAAACAAGGCAACUUCGGGCUUGUUCCAACCCCGUUCAGCGUCUCUGACCAUGCCGAGCAAACGCAACCCUUUUUCAUGUUUGAGCCCUCAAAACAGGGCAACGGCUUCUUCCUGGCUGCUCUCAGCAGCGAGGAGAGCGUCGCUUCAACAGACACCUCAAAGCAGUGA